GAAACUUGUAAGCGUCCAGUCUGGUUUUUAAUAGGUUUUUCAAUUUCGGUUUUUUCACGGUAGCUGAUAUCUAAAUAUGGGACGAUUUUUUUCAAUUAUUUCCUAGUCAAACAAAAUCAAAAAAAACCAUCCAAUUUAAAAAAAAAAUUGUACCUUAAGUGAAAUUGAAUUGAAAUAAAAUAGUUGCAAUAAAUUUUUAAGAUAAUUAAAACCAAAAACCAAAGGCCUUUUUUUUGCUUUCAAAAAGCAAAAAAAAAAUUUGACGCGAAUUGUCAAUACUGUGUCAUCAACAGAAACCACAUACUAGCAUCAUCAGUAGUAUAGAGCACUUAAAAAUUAGCAAAGGAAUUAUAAUCACAAAUGUUGAAGUCUACGAGAAGUUGAAAAGGAAGUUUCUGAAAAAAUAGUAUUUCUAAAUAAUUUAAAAUUUUUAUAUUAAUAUAUAAUUUGGAAUUGCAAUCUAGAAUUUAAUUAUAAAUGAAAAAUGAUUUUAUUGGAGAUUAAUAAUCGUAUUGUCGAAGAAACUUUAUUAGUUAAAUUUCGAAAUGCGAAAGCUGGACGUAAACCUGAGCCAAUUGAUGUCACAAUAGCGGAUUUUGAUGGUGUACUAUUUCAUAUUUCAAAUGUUAACGGCGAUAAAACAAAAAUUAGGACUAGUAUAGCGUUAAAGUUUUACAAGCAACUACAAGAACAUGGGGCGGAUGAGCUUCUCAAAAGAGAGUAUGGAGAUUUGCUCACUGAAACUGAGGAAGGUUAUAAUGUUUCAGUACUUAUAAGUUUAGAAAAUAUUCCAGAAGAAUAUGAAGUAAUUGCUCAGAAAAUUGGACUGUUGAAGCGAAAUUGUUUCGCUUCGGUGUUUGAAAAAUAUUUUGACUUUCAAGAACAAGGAGAAGAAGGCCAAAAGCGAGCUGUUAUCAAUUAUCGACAAGAUGAAACUUUAUAUGUUGAAGCUAAAGCAGAUCGAGUCACUGUUGUUUUUAGUACGAUAUUUCGCGAUGAAGAUGAUGUAGUAAUAGGUAAAGUUUUUAUGCAGGAAUUGAGAGAAGGUCGAAGAGCAUCGCAUACAGCUCCGCAAGUAUUAUUUUCACAUAGAGAACCGCCACUAGAAUUGGCAAAUACUGAUGCUAGGGUUGGUGAUAAUAUCGGUUAUGUCACAUUUGUUCUGUUCCCGAGACAUACAAAUAAGGAAACAAGGGAUAAUACUAUUAAUUUAAUUCAUAUGUUCCGUGACUACUUACAUUAUCACAUUAAGUGUUCAAAAGCUUACAUUCAUUCUAGAAUGCGAGCAAAAACUUCUGAUUUCCUAAAAGUGCUAAAUAGAGCUAGGCCAGAACAGAAACAUAUUGAAAAGAAGACUAUUACGGGGAGAACCUUCAUAAGGAAUAAGGAAUGAUUUUAUGGACAGUGUAUAGUUGUUUUAUAUACAUGUAUAAUAUACAAAAUAUGAUAAUGUAAAAAAAUUAAGUAAAAAAUAAAUAAAAAAAUAUUAAUUAAUGAAGAUUUUAAUAUAAAUUAUAAGGCAUAUUAACAAAAAGAAAAAUAAAAGUAAAUCUAAUUAAAAAAAAGAUUUCAGAUAUAAAAAAUAAAUUACAUUAAAAACAAACAUAUAUAUUAUGUAUAUGCAAAAUUGUAAUUUAUUAUAAAUAAUGCGCGUGAAAUAGUUUAAAUAUUUCCUACAAUCAAAAACAAAUAAAUUUCAAAAAGAAUAUCUUAAACGAAUUUUCAUUUAUUAAUUUAAUAAAACAAAAAAAAAAAUAGUCGCAAUAUCCAUUAGGAAUUACAUAAAAAAAGUUUCAAAAUUACAGUUUAAUACAACAAACGAAAUUGUUACAACUUUCAUAAUUCAUAAUUAUAAAAACUAAAAAAACAAACAUUUAUAAAUAAUAAUCUUAUUUCAGA